UUUCAUUUCUUUGAAGCAUCACGAACAAAAUUUUGUAUCUUUGCCUGUAAAUUUGUAUAAUUCUAGAAGAGUGAUUCGUAUUUUCAAAAAAGAUCAGAUAAUGGAGACCGUUUACAUAUUUUCGAUAUUCGUAUCAAUCUUCUUUCACUGCAUGGGUCUCUUCUACUGUCCUUUAGAGGCUUCCGCUGAUAGCUUUGUGUUCAUAGUUAUGGCCCCAAUGUUCCUGAACAAAUUGAAGGUGAAGAACGGUGAAGAGCUCCCGAAAUAGGCUGGACAGAUCACCGAGUGUGUGAUCCUUUGUCUGUUGAUGCAAGUCCUCCUUAUUACGAUUUGGUUCCCCAUCCACCAUGUAAUCCAGAUCCUGGUGGAUUCAAUAUGCAAUCAACAUCGCAAUGUUUUUCGAUUCAAGUUAGUUGACCAGAUCCAAGCAUAUGCAGCCUGUGUGGCCGUGCUUGCCAUUGAAUUGGGAGUGAUUCUCAGGACAUUCGAGAUCGAGGAUGUUCAGAGAUUCUUUGGGUGUAAGGACGACUUGCUCUCGGAAAGCACCCUUGCAAUUGUGGCACAACAGCAGAAGGUCGUACAGCGCAGAGAGAUGAAAAUGCGAAGAAAGUGAUGAUGAACGAGAUUACAAUUAAAGCGUAAAUUAUUAUACCUAUUUGGCAAAUAUAUAUUUCGGACGAUAACCAGUGGUAGUCAGAAUCAGUCCCAAAC